CAUGGGGGAAAAUGAAAUGGAAAGAGUGAGAAAGUGGGCCCGCACCGGUCUCCCCCAACUCCCCAUGCUAAUCUGAUAAAGGCUAUCAGGCAUGGGAAUACGAGGAUAUGAUUAUAUGAUCAUAUGCUAUCCAACAUUCCUUUUCAUCGAUAAUGCAUAAACCGUUUCAAUAAUUCUCGAAGCAAAGAGAAACCUGAACGCGCAAGCAGGUGGUGAAGGUUUUCUCCAUCAUUGAAAGAAAAGGUAAAGUUAAGAAUGGCAGAUAAUACCAUGCUGGGGAAUGGAAUUGUUGGAAUUCUUUCGGAGUCUUCUAAUAAGUGGGAAAGAAGGGUGCCUUUAACUCCUUCGCAUUGUGCUCGACUCCUGCGCAGUGGCAGGGGUAAAACAGGGGUGGCUCGCAUAAUCGUGCAGCCAUCCACAAAGCGUAUUCACCAUGAUGCAUUAUAUGAGGAAGUUGGUUGUGAAAUAUCAGAAGACUUGUCAGAAUGUGGUCUCAUCUUGGGUGUCAAACAACCAAAGUUAGAGAUGAUUUUUCCUCAUAGAGCUUAUGCCUUCUUCUCCCAUACUCACAAGGCACAGAAAGAGAACAUGCCUUUGCUAGAUAAGAUUCUAGAUGUGAGGGCUUCUUUGUACGAUUACGAGCUUAUUGUUGGAGAUCAUGGAAAAAGAUUACUUGCAUUUGGAAAAUAUGCUGGCAGAGCUGGACUGAUUGACUUCUUACAUGGGUUAGGAAUGCGGUAUCUAAGUCUUGGAUAUUCUACACCUUUCCUCUCACUGGGUGCAUCUUACAUGUAUUCUUCAUUGGCUGCUGCCAAAGCUGCAGUUAUUUCAGUGGGUGAAGAGAUAGCUGCUCAUGGACUGCCACCAGGAAUCUGUCCUCUUGUUUUUGUAUUCACUGGUUCAGGAAAUGUUUCUCUUGGAGCACAAGAGAUAUUUAAGCUACUUCCUCACACUUUUGUGGAUCCAAGCAGACUUCCUGAGCUAUUUGGUAAGGCCAAGGAUCCUACUCAAUCAGCACGGACAUCAAAGAGAGUCUUCCAAGUAUAUGGUUGUGUUACGACUUCUCAGCACAUGGUUCAACACAAAGAUCCUACAAAAGAAUUUGAUAAAGCUGACUACUAUGCACAUCCAGAAAACUACAGCCCCAUCUUCCAUGAGAAGAUAGCUCCCUAUGCAUCUGUUAUUGUCAAUUGCAUGUAUUGGGAGAAAAGAUUCCCUCCAUUGUUGACUGCUCAGCAACUUCAAGAUUUAAUGAGGAAGGGAUGCCCACUUCUCGGAAUUUCAGAUAUAACUUGUGAUAUAGGAGGCUCACUGGAGUUUGUUAAUCAAACCACAUCAAUCGACUCACCCUUUUUCAGAUACGAUCCCUUCAAUGAUUCUUACCACCAUGACAUGGAGGGUAAUGGUGUGAUAUGUGCAUCUGUGGACAUUCUUCCCACAGAGUUUGCAAAAGAGGCUUCCAAACAUUUUGGAGAUAUUUUAUCUGAAUUUAUUGGAAGUUUGGCAUCUACUACAGACAUUACAGAAUUACCUGCACACUUAAGGAGAGCUUGUAUAGCCCACGGAGGAGCUGUUACCACCUUGUUUGAAUAUAUUCCUCGUAUGCGGAACUCUGAUUCAGAAAAAUUACCAGAAACUCUUGCAAAUGGCCACUCAAAUAAGAAGUAUAAUAUAUUGGUGUCUCUGAGUGGUCAUUUGUUUGAUCAGUUUCUGAUAAAUGAAGCUUUGGAUAUUAUUGAAGCAGCCGGUGGUUCCUUUCACUUAGUUAAGUGUCAAGUGGGUCAAAGUGCAAAUGCUAUGUCAUAUUCAGAACUUGAAGUUGGUGCAGAUGAUAAUGCUGUUCUACAUCAAAUAAUUGAUUCUUUAAUGUCUCUUGCCAAUCCAAGUGAAAAUGAUGGAUUUCUAAGCAAAGAAACAAAUAAGAUUUCAUUGAAGGUUGGUAAAGUCCUGGAGAGAGGAAACAUGAUGGAAUUAGAUGAUAAAGAGAAACCUGGGGUGCUGAUUCUUGGAGCUGGCCGGGUCUGUCAACCAGUUGCUGAAGUUUUGACCACAGCUGGAAGUGUCUCUUCUCGUCAAUUGUUUAAAAUGUGCCAGGAAUCUGAUUUUGAAGGGCAGAGUGAUAUUCAAGUUAUUGUUGCUUCUCUCUACCUAAAGGAUGCAGAAGAGAUUAUUGAGGGUCUUCCAAAUGCAACUGCUAUUCAGCUUGAUGUGAUGGAUCAUGAAAAUCUUCACAAGUAUAUUUCACAGGUUGAGGUUGUUAUUAGUCUGCUGCCUGCUAGUUGCCAUUUUAUUGUAGCAAAUGCUUGUAUUGAGCUCAAAAAGCAUCUAGUCACUGCUAGCUAUAUUGAUGAUUCCAUGUCAAAGCUAGAUGAAAGGGCAAAAGGUGCUGGUAUUACAAUUCUUGGUGAGAUGGGCUUGGACCCUGGAAUAGAUCACAUGAUGGCAAUGAUGAUGAUCGACCAGGCACAUGUCCAAGGAGGGAAAAUAAGGUCUUUCAUUUCUUACUGUGGGGGACUUCCAUCCCCUGAAGCUGCAAACAACCCAUUAGCAUACAAAUUCAGUUGGAACCCUGCAGGAGCUAUCCGAAGUGGGCGAAAUCCUGCUACCUACAGAUCUCAUGGGGAAACGGUAUCUAUUAAUGGAGAGAGUCUUUAUGACUCAGCUGUGAGUUUCCGGAUACCUGAUCUUCCAGCUUUUGCAUUGGAAAUUCUUCCAAAUCGUAAUUCUUUGGUUUAUGGAGACUUGUAUGGAAUUGACCAUGAAGCAUCUACCAUCUUUCGUGGAACCCUCCGUUAUGAAGGUUUUUCUGAGAUAAUGGGGACACUGGCAAGAAUUGGUUUCUUUGAUACUGAAGCCCAUCCGAUCCUUACACUCACAAAGAGAUCGACAUUUGGAGCAUUCCUGCUUGAACUUCUUAAAAUUAAAAGUGAAGACUUUGAUGGAACUAUGACUGCAGAGGACAUCAAAGAAAGGAUUCUUGCACUUGGACUUUGCAAAGUGCAAGUAACGGCAUUGAAGACUGCCAAAACCAUCUUAUAUUUGGGAUUUCACGAGCAGACAGAAAUCCCUGUAUCAUGCCGAAGUGCAUUUGAUGUUGCCUGUCUCCGCAUGGAAGAAAGGUUAGCCUACUCUAGUGAAGAACAGGACAUGGUGCUUUUGCAUCAUGAAGUGGAGGUAGAGUUUCCUGAUGGCCGGCCUGUUGAGAAGCAUCGAUCCACCUUAUUGGAAUUCGGGAAGACUAAAAAUGGCAAAACAACCACUGCCAUGGCUUUCACUGUAGGAAUUCCAGCAGCAAUCGGUGCUCUGCUCAUACUUGAAGAGAAGAUCAAAACAAGAGGGGUUUUAAGGCCGAUUGAACCUCAAGUAUAUGUGCCAGCCCUUGAUAUUUUACAAGCAUAUGGUUUGAAGCUGCUGGAGAAGACUGAAUGACCUGGAUUGUUCUGUUCGAUACCUAAGUAAUAAUGGGUCUCCUACUGGAAAUGACCUCAUGAAUAAACAGGUUUCUCUUGGGCAAAGUGUUACUGAUCAUAAAAUUGCAUUAUCUGAUUACACAACUGCAGUGUUCAUAUGAUCAUCUCCAUAGAUUAAAAUUUAUUCCUAUUUAUGUAAUAAAAAGAUCCGUAGAAUUAUAUAUGUGCAGUGGAGAAAUAAUAAAGUUAUUCUAAACCUAUUCCAUAAA